CAGUAAAAACGAGUAUUAAAAACUGGAUUAAAAGGGAAACAUUAGAAACAGUGGUCGAGAGGCAACAUUAAUGGCCCUUACCAAAAUUUGGUUUUUUAUAUUCAAUUAUUAAAGUUUGGUUUGAUACUCUUUAUAAAGAGUAUAAAACUGUUAAAGAUUGCACAAUUAUUAAUGAUUUAUUAGUGGAAAUUUUAUGAAAAAAUCUACAAUUAGUCGUUUAAGAAAUCCUAGAAAUUCAGUAUGAAUGUGCAAACGAAACUUUUAAAAAUCAUGCUGCGAUUAUGGACACUAACAUUGGCUGUCAGUCUAAUAAGUCUACAAUUAACAACAGCCAGCACGUUAGAAACAACAGCAACACCAGCCUCUGAAUCAACAAACAUAGCAACACAAACAACAAAAGUGCUAAGACUAACAACAACAGCCUCAACGAUACAGUUAAGAUUACAUGAUAGUGAUAGUGAUGAUGAUGCAAAAGAUAAAACAAAAGUUCUAACAACAUCAAAAGAAUUGACUAGUAGAGAACAGGAAUCAGCAGCAUCAACUACAUCUUUCACAACCAUUACAUCUUCAAUAUCCACCCUGGCCUCCUCUAAUGCACCAGCCACCAUUACCAAUGAGGCCAAGGAAGCGUUAACAAGAAAACAAACAGCAGCAACAGCAACAUUAGUUGAUGAUAAUGAAGAACGUCAAGAGGAAAGCCAAGAAUAUAAAAUAACAGAUACUACAACAUGGCAGUACAAAAACCAUGAUAAAUUAGAAGGGGAAAUAAAAGAAACUGAUUUAAAACAGGUCACAGAAAGUGUUGAAGAACAAGAAGAAGAACAACAACAGCAGCAGCAACAUCAACAACAAGAGCAAGAGCAGAUAACAACGGAAGUUAACUGGCGAAAGGAAACGGAUAUGCACAAACAAUCAACGGGAAAUACCAGAAAUGCAGAGAAUGAUAUAAAAAUUACAGCAACAAUAGCAACACGAAUACCAACACAUACAACACAUCCUACUACUGCCAGCAGCAAUAUUCCAACUACAAAGCCUGUUGUAACAACUACAACCACAACGUUAACAGGCAUAAACAGCAAUACAAAAGAAAGUGCAUAUACAGAUGUAGCUGCCACAUUCCCUUCAGAACAUCAAAUACCAGAUCAUGUUAAACAAAAGGAAAUUGCAGGUGAUAAUAUUAAGUUUACCACUUCACUACCUUUAAAUGGUGAAAUGGAAGCCAUAACCUUGAAUUUGUCACCAGACAUACAAGCCAUGGAAGAUUUUAAACCCUUAAUUAAGGAUGCCAAUGAAAAAUUAAUCAAAGAGCGCACCAUAUUCUCCAACAAUGAUGAUUGGAAACAGAAUCUCAUGCCUAACGAGCUGGAAUAUGAAAGCAAUAAACCGUUGAUAUCCAAAACCUAUGAACACAAUAUUAACUGGAGUCCUUAUCUGCAUCCAGCUACUCCAGUUACUGAUUUUACCGGUAAACUAUUGCAAGAGCAGGAUGGAGUUAUAACAGAAAUUGAGCAAAAAUUCCGUUUAAAUGAAUUUGUUAAUACUGAAAGCAAACCCACUAAGGAUCCCUCUUCCACAACAGCAAAAUCAACUGUGGAUCGUACUCAAACAACCACAUUUUCCAAAGAUCCUCAUUUGGCUUCCUCCUACUCAGUGAAUCAUGAAAUUUUAGAUAUUAACAAAAAUCCCUUAUUGAAUCGAACUCCAGUGCAGUUUAUUGAAAGGCGUGUUAAGAAAAGUUUUGAUUUUCCCAUGCACCGUGUAGCCAGUGAUGCUCUACAUAUGCAGCAACAUUUUGACUUUGCAAAUACCAAAUUCAACAGCAACAAUAAUGAACAACAAAAUGCUCUCGACACCAACAAUGAAGAUGGCCAGCAAAAGGAAGCUGAUGCACCUCCCCGUCCUCAACCGGAGUUUUCUACAACCAAAUUUUACAAUAGCAAGGAAUUGUACAAUGAAAUGUUGCAACAUAAAACUAAACUACAGCAGCUAUCACAAACUCCCUUGCCACAGCAUACCAAUCCCUAUGAAAAAGAUAUACAAGAUCUCAAUAAUAGAACUCCUUCUCUGGCUCUGAAUAGUUUUGCGGUAUUGCAUUCUCCUAAAAUAGCCAAACUAGAGGAAAUACAUGAUUUGAAAGAACCGCAACAACAGAAAAGUUUGGCUAUUAAAAAUGUAACCGUUAAGGCCACUAAGCAUAAAGAGUUAAAUGUUGCAGCUACAACAGUUAAUACAACCAGCACCUCUAUCACUAAUACUCCAGUUACCCCUACAAAACCAGCAGCUACAAAGUACGCUUCAAUGGCUAGCGCUACCGAGAUGCCUUUAGCUGCUUUGGUUAAAACUAAAAAAUUUCAAAAAGAAUUAAAACGAGCUAAGCUGUUAAUCAAAUCAAUGAUGCCUUUACAAAAUGCAACAACAGAAGUCAUCACAAAUACAGCCAACAACAACAGCAUUAAUGAAGAUAAAUCUACCAGCACGCUUUUACCACCACAAGCACAAACUCUAUUGGAAACCAAACAAACAAGUCAUACACCAUCUUCAAUAUUAUCUCUACCCUAUACAGCAGCUGCAACAACAACAUCAUCAACAUCGACUACAACUAGGCCUUUGCCAUCAUUAUCAGUCACCUCCACAAAUCCGCCCAAAACAUCUUUACGACCAAUUGUACGUCCACGCAUUUUAAGUCGUCUACAAGAGAAAAUCAAUUCUUUAGAAUGUGAAUUGCAAAAUCUGCCACAAGAUUCCCAUUUAUGGCGUGGCAACGAAACGCAUGAACUGCUCCUACCCAUAAUGGUUGCUGAUGUUAAUGUUUUCUAUGGCUGUUUUGUGUUUGUGCUCUUUAUCUAUAUGUAUAUGUGUAGUGCACACAACACACAGGUGUAUCAAGUAACACGUUCCGGACAUGAACAUUGUGAUGUUACCGAAGGUAUACUGUUAGAUAUCACACCACUCAUUGUGGAUGGUAGAAAGUUGGUAACACUAUACGAUAAGGACCUUACCGAAGGAGUUAACUUGUUAAUUGGUGAGUGGAAGAAAUAA